AUGGUGUCAAUGAGAUUCGCAUCGAUCGCCACAUUGGCUGCUUCGCUCGUCGCAGUUUCUGCCCAAGAUUUCUCUAGUAUUCCUCAAUGCGCUCAAUCUUGCGCAAUAAAUGCCAUUCCCCAAGAAUGCAAUUUGAGACCGGACUGUAUCUGCCGUGCCACCAGCUUCCUUGAAGGGAUCGGUUGCUGUGUGAUCCAGGCUUGCAGCCAGGAGGAUGUUGACCGAACCGCUCAGUUUUCCGAACAGCUCUGCCGAACAGCCGGCGUUACGGAUCUUCCCACUCCCUCGUGCCCUGAGUCCGGGUCAAGUAACGGCACAGGCGCUGGCUCAUCCAACUCCAGCUCGACAGCUAAUGCAUCAGCUACUGCGUCAGGCGCUUCAUCGUCCGCCAGCGGCGCAAGUACUGCUGCAGCCUCGGCCACCGGUUUGGCAAACAGUUUGAUGGCCCAAGGCAUGGGUGUCCUAGGAGCUGCUGUCUUCGGAGCAGUGGCGUUGAUGUGA